CUGAUUUUAGGUCCCCCAAAAUGGCGAGUGAGGCUGCGGGAACAGACUGAGCAGCGGAGGCAAGCGUGCAGAGCCUCUGCCGGCCUCACAGUCCGGAACCCGGCGGGCCUUACCGCUAGAAACAUGCACUUUUCCAUUCCUGAAACUGAGUCCCGCAGUGGGGACAGCGGCGGCUCCGCCUACGUGGCCUAUAACAUUCACGUGAAUGGAGUCCUGCACUGUCGGGUGCGCUACAGCCAGCUCCUGGGACUGCAUGAGCAGCUCCGGAAGGAGUAUGGGGCCAAUGUGCUUCCUGCAUUCCCCCCAAAGAAGCUUUUCUCUCUGACACCUGCUGAGGUAGAACAGAGGAGGGAGCAGUUAGAGAAGUACAUGCAAGCUGUUCGACAAGACCCAUUGCUUGGAAGCAGUGAAACCUUCAAUAGUUUCCUACGUCGAGCACAACAGGAGACACAGCAGGUACCCACAGAAGAGGUCUCCUUGGAAGUACUGCUUAGCAACGGGCAGAAAGUUCUGGUCAGUGUGCUAACUUCAGAUCAAACUGAGGAUGUCUUAGAGGCUGUGGCUGCAAAGCUGGACCUUCCAGAUGAUUUGAUUGGAUACUUUAGUCUCUUUCUAGUUCGAGAAAAAGAAGAUGGAGCCUUUUCUUUUGUACGGAAGUUGCAAGAAUUUGAGCUGCCUUAUGUGUCUGUUACUAGUCUACGGAAUCAAGAAUAUAAGAUUGUGCUAAGGAAAAGUUAUUGGGACUCUGCCUAUGAUGAUGAUGUCAUGGAGAACCGGGUUGGCCUGAACCUGCUUUAUGCUCAGACAGUGUCAGAUAUUGAGCGUGGGUGGAUCCUGGUUACCAAGGAGCAGCACCGGCAACUCAAGUCUCUCCAAGAGAAGGUCUCCAAGAAGGAGUUCCUGCGGCUAGCCCAGACACUGCGGCACUAUGGCUACCUGCGCUUCGAUGCCUGUGUGGCUGACUUUCCUGAAAAGGACUGUCCAGUGGUGGUGAGCGCAGGCAACAGUGAGCUCAGCCUGCAGCUCCGUUUGCCUGGCCAGCAACUCCGUGAAGGCUCUUUCCGGGUCACUCGCAUGCGGUGCUGGAGGGUUACUUCCUCUGUGCCACUGCCCAGUGGAGGAACGAGCAGCCCAGGCCGGAGCCGGGGUGAGGUGCGCCUGGAACUGGCUUUUGAAUACCUCAUGAGCAAGGACCGACUACAGUGGGUCACUAUCACCAGCCCACAGGCUAUCAUGAUGAGCAUCUGCUUACAGUCCAUGGUAGAUGAACUGAUGGUGAAGAAAUCUGGUGGCAGUAUUAGGAAGAUGCUGCGCCGGCGGGUGGGGGGCUCCCUGAAGCGUUCUGACAGUCAGCAAGCAGUGAAGUCCCCGCCACUACUUGAGUCACCUGAUGCUAGCAGGGAGUCCAUAGUCAAACUCUCAAGCAAGCUGAGUGCCGUGAGUUUGCGGGGGAUUGGCAGUCCCAGCACAGAUGCCAGUGCCAGUGAUGUCCACGGCAAUUUCGCCUUUGAGGGCAUUGGAGAUGAGGAUCUGUAAUCUUCACUGCUUGAAAUGUCUGCCCUCUACCCCACACCAAUAUACAGAACUUGCCCUGUGCGCUGGGGGCCUUUUUCUUCCUCUUUCCUACCUUGCCCUUUUCUCCCCUUAGCCAGGGGCCUCUUAACCUACCUUCCCUCUCCCUAGGCUGGCUGCCCAAAGGAUUGCCCCAUAUCUCCUUCCCAAACUGGCCCUCAAUGUCAAGUUAGCAUUUAGUGUUUUGCACAAGGUCCAAGGGAUCAUGGCUACCUGUCUUGAAGAAGAAACUUGGCUCUCCCCAACUGCUUCUGGCUUCCCAGGGCCUCAAGCCAAGUGGAUGGCAGAGGUUUGUGUAUGGUCUGGCCCAGCUCCCCGUCAUUAAAUUGAUUGCUGCCUAC